AUGGCUCCACCCACUACAUAUAUUCAACAAAGAAGUACUUGCUGGUAUGCUGCUCUAUGUAUCCUUGGGAAUCCAGUGCCGGGUGGUAAACACAACAGAUUAAAAUCACAUCAGACAGGCAUUUUGAGUGGUGAAGAAGGUUCAGUAGUGGGCUCAUGGAUGGAAUUUAUUCAGGAGAUGGAUCAUUUUGGUGCUUCACAGCCAGUAACAAGGGAUCGAAAUAAAUCCUUGGGUGGCAAAGAGUGA